AUAAAAAGCUUUCUGUUAUCGCACAAUAAUUUCUACUUUUAAAGAAAUAAAAAAAACAAUCAUUAUUUUUUACAAGUGAUUUUUUAUGUUCAGUUUUUACAUUUUUUUGUCAAUAUAUUUUUUUUAAAGUGUUGUUACUGUUUUAUUACUUAAAGUUUACAUAUAAUUUAUAUUAUUAUAACCUUAUAAUAUGUAUCAACACUUUUAAAUACCUUUUAGCACAAAUGGAAUUAAAUCAAGGUAGUUGUAUCGAAUUUGAUUCUUUAAAUGGUAAUUUUUAAUUUAAAGUCGCAUUUCUUUUCUGUUCUUUGUUUAAAUAAUGUUUGUAUUUUUUAGUUAAAAACUUUCGAGAGAUGUGCUCACUACUCUUGCUAACGAGUUACAACAUGAUUGGAAAACACUUGCUCGCUUCUUGAACAUAAGUGAUAUAAAAAUAGAUAGAGUUUUACAUGAGUGCAGUACAACCAGAGAACAAAUAUAUCAGGUUUUCAAUAACUGGUGCAUAAAUAAUCCAAACAAAAGUUGGUGGGUCAUAAAGUCUGGAUUAAUUUUUUGUGAACGAAAAGAUGUCAUCUCUGAAUGCGAAAAAAAACUAACCGUACGUUCAAUAAUUGGUAUUCAAAUUUCUUCAGAAAACUUAUUUUUACGCGAAAAAUUACUUAACAAAAUUCAUCAGUUUUUGCUACAAGAUACAAAAAAAACAACCUUAGUGUUGAAUGGAAUGUCGGGUGUCGGGAAAACACACAUUGCCAGAAAAUAUUGUCAAAGUUAUUUUAAAUACUAUAAAAAUUUUUUUUGAGUAGAUUCAGCUUUUGGAAAGCUACAAACUUCAAUGCAUAAUAUUUGUCAGAUGAUAUAGAAGUGAUUGUUGAAAAAAUUUACAACUAUUAUAAGAAUGAAAAGACUUUGUAUAUUUUUGACAAUGUCGACGACGAAAGUGUAAAAAUUUAAAAAUGUAUAUUUCAAACAAACCAAAUUCAUUUACUUUGAUUACUUCACAAUGGAGGACGUGGUCAAACGAUGUAAACGAAAUGCUUGUUGAUGUUUUCUCUUCGGAAGAAGCUUACGUUUAUGUAAAAAAUAUUCUUAAAGGUAACGCUGAUGAAAGCAUAAGAAACUUAAUUAAAGAACUUGGUUAUCAUCCGUUUGCUAUUAUUCAAGCUAUAAAGUAUAUAAAUAUACAUAAAGUUUCGAUAGAAAAAUAUAUAAACCGAUAUAGAUCAAAACCCUUAGAAAUAUUAGACACUGAUAUCUUCCCAACCGAAGAAGAAACAAAGUCUGCAAUAAAAGCAAUUAAUUUAGUUUUAUUAAAAUUAGAAAAAGAAAAAACUAUUCCAUUUGAAAUAUUAAACUGUUUAUCUCAUUGCGACGGCCAAAAUAUCAGUAAACAAUUUAUAACUCAAAUCUCAAGUCACAUGAAAAGAAACGAAGAAUAUUUAAUAGAUGAAGCUAUUGGAUUACUAAUUAGUUAUUCUUUAUUAAAUUCGCUUGAUAAUGAGAUAUAUUCGAUGCACGAACUGACACAGUUGUCAUGUAGAUGUUUUCAAAGUAGAAAUUCAACUACAAAUAAUUAUCUUGAACUAAUCCAAAAUUAUUUUAAAUUUGAGUUGAGCGAAGUAAAAGAUCACAUAGAUUACGGAACUUUUUUUGUUUUUCACUUUCUCCAUGUUUUUCGUAUCAAUAACAAGCAAAUGUCAAAAUCUUUCUAUCAAAUGACAACUUCUAUUAAAAAAUUAUUGUUAUGUAAAGGUUUAUUUAUAGAAGCAAUCGAAAUUUUAACAGCUGUUCAAAAAUAUAAUACAAAAACUUAUGGAAAAAAUCAUGAAUUUACGUUUAAUACAAAACUUGAUAUCGCAAGCUGUUUGUACGAAAUAAGAAAAUAUAGCGAAGCUUAAAAGAUUUAUUAUUCUGUUGAGAAAAUACGAACUGAAAGUUUAGGUAUCAACCAUCCAGAUACAAUGACAACAAAACAUAGUAUUGCAAGCUGUUUGUACAAUAUGGGAAAAUAUAACGAAGCUUUAGAGAGUUAUUAUUAUGUUGAGAAAAUACAUUCUGAAAUCUUAGGUAUAAACCAUCCAGAUACAAUUAGAACUAAACAUAAUAUUGCAAACUGUUUAAAACAUAUGGGAAAAUAUAAUGCGGCUUUAGAAAUUUAUUAUUCUGUUAAUAAAAUAGAUUCUGAAGUUUUAGGUAACAACCAUCCGGACACAAUGAUAACAAAACAUAAUAUCGCAAACUGUUUGAAUAUUAUGGGGAAACAUAAGGAAGCUCUAGAAACUUAUUAUUCCGUUGAGAAAGCUCAAACUGAAACUUUAGGUAUCAACCAUCCAAAUACAAUGACAACAAAACAUAAUAUUGCAGACUGUUUUUACAAUAUAGGAAAAUAUAACAAUGCUUUUAAAAUUUAUUAUUCUGUUGAAAAAAUACUUACUGAAAUUUUAGGUAUAAACCAUCUAGAUAGAAUGAGAACUAAACAUAAUAUCGCAAACUGUUUGAAAAAUAUGGGAAAAUAUAACGAAGCUUUAGAAAUUUAUUAUUCUGUUAAUAAAAUAGAUACUGAGGUUUUAGGUAUCAACCAUCCGGACACAAUGAUAACAAAACAUAUUAUUGCAAACUGUUUAAACAUUAUGGGGAAAUAUAACGAAGCUUUAGAAAUUUAUUAUUGUGUUGAGAAAACACAAACUGAAAUUUUAGGAAUAUACCAUCUGAAUACAAUAAUAACAAAACAUAACAUUGCAAACUAUUUAAACAAUAUGGGAAAAUAUAACGAAGCUUUAAAAAUUUAUUGUUCUGUUGCGAAAACACAAACUGAAAUUUCAAAUAUCAACCAUCCAAAAACAAUGACAAGAAUACAAUUUAUCGCAAACAAUUUGCAUGAGUUCGAGUAAGUUACUCUUUGCAUGGGAUUUAAUUCAAGGAAAUCAAAAUGUGUAAAAUUAGGUAUCAACCAUCCAGAAACAUAUAACAAAGUUUUUGAAUUUUAUUAUUCUGAUGGUAUUAUAGAAACUGAACUUUUAGAUAUCAACCAUCC